AUGUAUCUCAGAACAGCCCACGCGGAAUUCCACCUCCCCACCCUCUACAGAUUCAUCCAAACCCACCCCCUCGGAAUCCUCACCACCGCUAUAAAAUCCCCCAUCUACCCUCUCAUCCAAUCCUCCCACAUCCCCUGGGUGCUCGACAUACCCCCACCCCCAGCCGACAAUGCCAACCCCCAAGUUGCAGACAAAUCCACACCAAUAGGAACAUUACGCGGCCAUGUAGCGCGCGCAAAUCCUCAAGCAAAAGCCAUGAUAGAAUCUCUCACUUCCGGUUCAGGUCCAGAACAGAUCAAGAGAACGGUGCUAGAAGAAGAAGUACUAGUCCUCUUCAACCACCCCGUGCACUCGUACGUAACGCCGAAAUUCUACACCGAGACCAAGCCCUCGACAGGAAAAGUAGUGUCCACAUGGAACUACGCCGCCGUGCAAGUCUACGGCAAGGCCACCAUAUUCCACUCUUCCGAUUCCGACGAUCUGUCAGAAUUCCUGAACAAGCAAUUGGAUGAUCUGGCGAAGAUUGGAGAGGAGGAUAUUAUGGGGUAUACCGGGGAAGAGGGCAAGAAAGCGCCGUGGAAGGUUUCAGAGGCGCCGGAGAGCUAUAGUAGCUUGUUGAAGAAGGCGAUUAUUGGGGUUGAGAUUGAGGUGUUGAGGAUGGAGGGGAAGUUUAAGAUGAGUCAGGAGUUGAGGGAUGGGGAUCGUGAGGGGACGGUGGGAGGAUUCAGGGCGUUGGGGACGGAGGAGGGGGAGAAGAUGGCGGAGAUGAUUGAGGAGAGGGAUGAGGUGAAGAGGGGAAGCGAGGGGAAUUUACCUGGUGGGUCCUAG